UUGUUUAUUUAUUAAGUACUUCCAGUGUUUUUAUUUUUAUUUUAAUUAUUUGUAUAUGUGACAUGUGGUGCAAGUCCUGUAAUAAAGAAACAGAGCCGGAGCAGUCGCUGGCGUUGCUGGAGCAACUAUUGCCGGAGCAGUACAGCCACACAGUGUGCAGCUAUGUGACGUUAGGAGAGACACAUUUCAGGGCAAGCAUUAAGUUAAAGCUGUCGAGUGUUGAAGAUGCAAAGGGAUGGUUUGAAGACUUCCAGAGCUCCUCAGGCUUCACAUGGCGAAUCUCUAAAACCUAUCCUAAUGGUGGCCGCUACAACAAGUAUCGAAUGGACUACAGGUGCCAACAUAAGACAUUUGGGUAUGUGUGCAAGAAGAGGAGCAAGAACACUGAUUGCCCUGCGACUCUGUUCGUGAUCUUGAAAAGGCGGCCAGAAUCUGGAGAGCGGAAGUCGAGAUCUGGAGAUCCUCACAUGAGGGACGGACUCGUCUUUCAUGUCAACUUACGCCAUGAGCACAACCAUCCUACUUCAUGUGCUAAAAGCGUGACGAAGAGAGAUGUUUCAGGAGAAACCGUUGAAAAGCUGACAAAGCUGUUUGAAAGUGGCCACUCCCCUUUAACAGCAUUCGAGACGCUUAAAUACGAUGUCCAGGAGGAGGUACGAGACAACUAUGUGUGUGCUGCUGGAGAUAGUUCGGCUUGUCCCGAUUUGCAGUUUUGUCACAGACUGUACCACAAACUGUUCAAGAAAGCAUUUGUUGCAGCAGAACAGGAAGAAAUGCUCAAAGACCUCGAACAAACCCUCGAUGGUUACAAUAAGGAGCAGGGGGACGUCUGUGCCAGGAUCGGAAAAACCACCGACCAUCAGCUGGUGAUCGCCAUGUGCACGCCAGUGAUGAGGAGGGUCCAUUCCCGGCUGAGAGAGAGCAGUGAGAUGGUGUUUGUGGACUCCUCUGGGCAUUGUGACUGCCACAAUAAGACAAAAGAGAAACAGACUCACCGCCUUUUUCUCCUCCUCGCCCCUUCCUCGGCUGGCGGGUUGCCUUUGGGCGUCUUUAUCACCACGUCUGAGUCCCAGGCAACCAUCUCAGCUGCUUUGGAGCUGCUGCAGACCGUCUUUCCACAGGACCGGUUCUUUGGCUACCCAGAUGGACCUCUGGUCGUCAUGUCCGAUGACUGCCCCGCACUCAGGCAGGCGCUGCAGGGAGCCUUCCCCGAGGCCACAUUAGUCCUCUCUGUGUUCCACCUCCUUCAGGCCAUGUGGAGGUGGCUGUGGAGCAGCUCCAAUGGGGUUCCCAAGCAGCACAGGGCCCCCCUCCUGAAGUCCUUCAGAGGUCUGGUGUACGCUUCCACACCAACGGCUCUCAUGAAACGCUACAACAGUCUGUUAGGCCACCACGUUGCCUCACAGAACCCAAAGUUUGUGCGACACCUGCAGGAGGUGUUCAUGCGGCGGGAGGAGUGGGCCAUGUGCCUGCGGGUGCAGCAGCCCAUCAGCGGGGACCACACCAACACCAACAGCUACAUGGAAAGCGUCAUGAGGGUGGUGAAAGAGAAGAUCCUCCACCGACUGAAGGCCUUCAAUGUCAAACAGUUGUUGGACUUUGCGGUCACGAGGAUGGACUCACACUACGUCCGCCGGCUCACAGACGCUGCUAACAGCACGCUGCACACUUCUCCUCAGAGGCUGCUGGAGACGGAGGACAUCGGGAAGUACUCCAUAGCACAGGAAGACCAAGACAACUACACUUUGGCGAGCUUAUCAAACGCUGCAGUGUCCUACCAUGUCAACAUGGCGCUUGGCUGCUGCACAUGCUCAGUAGGGCUUCACGGCCGCCAGUGUAAGCAUCAGAGUGUGGUAGCUGGGACGUUUGAACAUAAAGACAGCUUCUUUCUUUGGGUGCCACCAGACAUACGGAAACUGUUCUAUCAAAUUGCCACUGGAAAGGACAUUCCAGAUGACUGGUUUGAGACGCUGAUGCAGGACAAACCACCUCCGUCUGAGGGAGCUGCUGCUGAAAUCUACUUUGAUCCUGAAACAGACAGUGAUGCUGACAGCUUCACUGAACCAAUGGAGUCCUCACCGAUCCCAUCAAGUACCUCAGUGGAGACAGAUUCUGGUGAAUCUCUCAUCAAGGACAGACUGAACAGCGUCUUCCUGGACAUGACCAAGAAAUUGGACAACCCAGACUUCAAUCAUUCCAUCACUUCAUUCGUGAAGAACUAUGAAAACAUUAAAACAGACCAGUGUGCCAUGGUUUCAGCUCUUUCCUCAUUUGGAAAGUCUCUCCAGAAAAAGUCCCGAGGCUGCAAAAGAACAAUGGAAGUAGAGCCGACAGGAUUGUCCUGAGCAGUGGACGACCUCCACACACUGUGUGGAGAAGAGCUUGUGCCUUUGGGACCACCCACUAACAAACCCCCACCCUCCCCACAGGUUAAACACUCAAAUGAUGGGAUGCUGGAAUUAUCAGUCAGUCAACAAAUGGAUGUUGUGGCUGGAGAGAGGGGCGCCUGGAAUGCCCUGCUCAGCCUGCUGCCCCCGCGACCCGGCCACAACACCCUAAAAUUUAAUUUGUUGUCACUGAUACCUAUUGCUUUUUUGCUUUCAUGUAUAUUACCAUGUGUUUACACUGUUACGACCAUAUUGUCUUUAUUUUUUGUGGAUGAGAAUGGAUGGAUGGAUGGAUGGAUG